AUGGCACUGAAAGAGGAGAGUGAAGUACUGAAUGAAAUAGAAGAGAAAGAUCAACAUAAUCAUCAUGAUGUCUUUGCUGGAGAAAAAUUGUGUAGUGUGGAAAGAGUUUCAAGUCAGAAAGGACACUUUAUAGACCACUUGAGAAUUCACUCUGGAGAGAAACCCUAUACAUGCCUUCAGUGUGGAAAGAGUUUUGAUCAACAUGUAAACCUGAAAGUCCACAUAAAAGUUCACACUAGAGAGAAGCCUUACAUCUGCCAACCGUGUGGAAAAAGUUUCACCCAAAAAGGAAGUCUUAAUUACCACAUGAAAAUUCACACUGGACAGAAGCCUUACACCUGCCACCAGUGUGGAAAGAGCUUCAAUCAGAAAGGACACGUUAAAGACCACAUGAGAAUUCACACUGGAGAGAAGCCUUUCACCUGCCAACAGUGUGGAAAAAGUUUCAACCAAAUAGGAAUCCUUAACAGGCACAUGAGAAUUCACAAUAGAGAUAAGACUUACACCUGCCCUCAGUGUGGAAAGAGUUUCACUGAACAUGGAAGUCUUGUAGGCCACAUGAGAAUUCACACUGAAGAGAAGCCGUACACCUGCCAACAGUGUGGAAAGAGUUUCAUUCAGAAAGGACAAUUUAAAGUCCACUUGAGAAUUCACACUGGAGAGAAGCCUUACACAUGCUCCCAGUGUGGAAAGUGUUUCAGUCAGAAAGGACACUUUAAAGACCACUUGAGAAUUCACACUGGAGAGAAGCCUUACACAUGCUCCCAGUGUGGAAAGAGUUUCAAUGUGAAAGGACACUAUAUAGACCACAUAAGAAUUCACACUGGAGAGAAGCCUUUCACCUGCCAACAGUGUGGAAAAAGUUUCAACCAAAAAGGAAUCCUUAACAGACACAUGAGAAGUUCACAAAGAGUUUAACUAAAUAUGGAAACCUUGUAAUCCACAUGGGAGUUCACACUGGAGAGAAGCCAUUUAUAUGUGGUCAAGGUGCAAAAAACUUCAGAUAUAAAGAAACACUUGAGUACCACACAAUGAUUCAAUUAUAAGAGAACGGUUUUAUAUGUCUUCAGUGUGGAAUGAGUUACACAGUCAGGAAGGAAACACCUUAGGAAUCAUGUAAUAAUUCAAAACAGAGAGAGGCCUUUCAUGAACCAUCACAGUGGAAAGACUUGCAGAAAUAAAACAAACCUUGAGGUUCACAUAAACAUCCCCAAUAUACUCUGGCAGAGUUGAACAUAAAAAAGUUCAAAAUCCCAGAGAAGCAGACUUGGCAAACAUCCCAAGUGGUUUUUAGAUUAAUAUGUGUUGCAUAUUUUCCUUUCAAAAACAAAAUAAACACGAGAAAACCAAUGUGAAUUUUUUGCACCAGCUAGAGGCCUUCAUGGGUCCACUUGGGUCCAAAAUACUGAGGUCUGACCUGGGUUUGGGUGCAAAACUUCAAUGAGUGCCUUGGUUCCUUGCCUUGGGUUUGGUACUAUUAGUGACCGCCCGUCUCAAGUAAUUUAAUAUAAAUCUGCUUUUUCCAAAUGGACCAGAGAAAAC